UCGGCCCAGCCCUGUCUCGAAGUGGCACACCCAAAAGCAACUAAGCUAUAAGAAGCUUAGUCUCGUGCCUCCAUGCUCAGCAGAUCCGUGCAGGGUUCUCAUUGCCACAGCAGUUGGUGAUUGCUCAUUCGUCCAAAGUCAAUCCCGAAUUACUUGGUGUGCAUCUUCAACUUUCUGCCUUUCCCUCUCAUCUGAACGGAAUCCGAGUCGCGUUAUGUGAAGGCUCCUUCGUCUUCUUCCUGCAGAUUACCCGACACUAGUCUCGGUCCUUCCAGGCUCUCCAACUGGGGGUCUCCAUACCAUACGAUGUCCAUGGACUCGUUCAGAUACAAGCCACCAAAGCCGAACUACCUCCCGCACAAUGUGGAUGUCGAUGAGCCCAUCGUGGAGGACUUCUAUAAGCCUCUGGGAAGCGUUACCGACCUUGAAAAUGCCACUUACUUUAACAAGAUCAAGCGCGCGGCCCAGACCUACAACAUCACCAGGCCCAAGGGCUACAAUGUCUCGUUUCACACCAACCCCGAGAUGGAGAAGCAUCACUUCGGCCAGACACACCCUAUGAAGCCCUGGCGCCUGACGUUGACCAAGAGCCUUGUCACGUCGUACGGAAUGUCCUUCGCUAUGGACAACUACGUCGCCAGGGCUGCGACGUAUGAGGAGUUAAAUAUGUUCCACUCCAAUGAUUACCUCGACUAUUUGGGGACUGCUCCAGCCGAAGAUACACCGCGAGAUGUCGACACCGACAAGGAGGUUAAGUACAACCUGGGAGGUAGCGAUUGCCCGCUGUUUUAUGGCCUUUAUGAUUACUGCUCGAUGUCUGCCGGCGGCUCCCUUGACGCGGCCCGGAAGAUCUGCGCGAAGCAAUCCGACAUCGCCGUCUCAUGGGGUGGAGGUCUGCAUCACGCCAAGAGAUCCGAGGCGUCAGGAUUCUGCUAUAUCAACGAUAUCGUUCUCGCCAUCCUGCAGCUCCUACGGUGCUUUCCACGGGUCCUCUACAUCGACAUCGAUGUCCACCACGGUGAUGGUGUCGAGGAGGCCUUCUUCUCUACCGACCGAGUCAUGACCGUCUCCUUCCACAAGUACCAGCCCGAAGUUUUCUUCCCCGGGACCGGCGGGCUUGAAGACAACGGGCCCAAGAGCGAGCACAACCCCGGCGCCCACCACGCCAUCAAUGUGCCGCUAAACGACGGUAUCACCGACGAGCAGUACGAGUGGCUGUUCCAGAGCAUCAUCGGGCAGGUGAACGAGCGGUUCCGGCCGAGCGCCAUCGCACUGCAAUGCGGCGCCGACUCGCUGGCGGGCGACCGUCUUGGUCGGUUCAACCUGCAGGUCCAAGGCCACGCGGCGUGCGUGAAUUUCUGCAAGAAGCUCGGCAUCCCCAUGAUUAUCUUCGGCGGCGGCGGCUACACGCCGCGCAACGUGGCCCGGGCCUGGGCCUUCGAGACGGCCAUCGCCAUCGACUGCCAGGACAAGAUCGACCCCGUCAUCCCGAUGCACACGCCCUGGCGCGACCACUUCCACCACGAAACGCUGUUUCCGACGCUGGAGCAGAUCCUGGGCGAGCCGAGAGCGAAUAAGAACACCCAGAAGCGCCUGCAGGACAUGGUCCAGCACGUCACCGAGCAGCUGCGCUUUGUCAACUUUGCACCGAGUGUCCAGUACAAGACCAUCCCGCCAGAUCUUGGCGGGAUCAGGGACGAUGUCGAGGCCAGGUUGAAAGAGGAAAGCGAGGAGAAGAACGACAGGCUGAGGAGGACGAGAGAGGAAGGCGUCGGGAUUGCGAUGGAGUUAUAGGCACCACUCACUCAGGUCCAUGCUGCAGAACCUAAGGGAAGGGAGGGAUGAGGUCUGGAAGGGAUAUGUUCCGUGUCAGGGCGUCUAUCGGGGUCAUCAGGUCUGAUACCAAUUGCCAGUUAGUGAGGGUAUUGCGCGAUGGCCGGCUCUUGGAGUUUGGUUGGG